UCACUGGAAACGGGUCCGACUUACUGCCGGCAAUGCGGACCAAGCUCUGACACUGAUCAUACAGGGAGCACACCGCCACAAUCAGACAGUCCGCUACCCCAUACUCUCUGAGCACUUCCCACAGGAGUACACGGUCGAAUGCCUUCUCCAGGUCCACAAAGCACAUGUAGACUGGUUGGGCAAACUCCCAUGCACCCUCAAGGACCCUGCCGAGAGUAUAGUUCCACGACCAGGACGAAAACCACACUGUUCCUCCUGAAUCCAAGGUUCGACUAUCCGGCGUAGCCUCCUCUCCAGUACACCUGAAUAGACCUUACCGUGUGAUCCCACGAUAGUUGGAAAACACCCUCCGGUUCACCUUCUUAAAGAGAGGAACCACCACCCCAGGUCUGCCAAUCCCAAUCAUGUUAUAUUCGCACAUAAUUCGCAGGAAUGAUCAAAUAUGUCUGCCGGAUGCAUUGGUGCAGGUUAUAAAGCACUACAACUAAAGAAGGGGUCGGCCUCCAUACAACUCCAAAUGAUGAAGAUAUGAGGAAAGUAUGGACCGCUCCAGUCAAAUUGACUCGAUGGGACGUACCAAACGAGAGAAUUGUAUUUGUAGCGAUAAUUUUGAAUGAUUCUGACAUGUAGAAGAAAGGUUAAUGCAACCCCCAAAAGUCAGAAAUCCUCAUGGGGGAGAAAGACUGAAACAUAAAAAGAAAAAAGUAAGCGGCAAAUAUUCUAUUUUGCGUCCUCUUCUACGGAUGAUUUCCUGAAGAUGCUUGAGGAAAUGCUGAAAGAGCAUGAGGAAACAGGCUAUGGUGUCUAUGGGAGAGGAUAAGGGAAUUAUUUUAUAUUUUCUUGUUUGCUCAUAUUGUUGACCGUAUCAGUUUUGAAGUAAUCAAGGACCAGAGCGACAAAAACAUGCAAUUAAGUGAUGAAAAUAAUAGUUUUACAUGCAUUUAUCCACACUGUCUAUGCGGGGGAAUGGGCUGCAGUUCUGUAGAUGACGUCACAACAAGAGGGGGCGACGUAUCGAGUCAAUAUUGAUUACUCAAAAACGAAUUGACAUUAUGGGAAACGACUGCCAGAUUCAUCUUAAUGAGCAAAAAACACAUAAAGAGAACUUGUUUGGGAAAUUCCAGUCAUUUCGGCGCUACGGGUCCCUCAACACCACCACAUUAUCUGGCGUCCGAUGGACAGGUACGCAAUAAUUUUGGCCUUGAACUAACUUUUCUUCGUGUCUCCUCAGCGACAAUCAUGCUUCACUCCUGUGUGACCUUCUGCCUGCUCUCAGUUGUCCUCUCCCAGUCCAUUUAUUCCUCACCCAGGAAAGGGCGUAACAUCACCAUCCACUCCUCCAAUUUAGUGUGUAGUCUGCCAGGCCCAGUGGGGCCCGCAGGGAACCCGGGCCAACCCGGAUCACCAGGGGCGAUGGGGCCAAUGGGGACCCCUGGAAAGGAUGGUCCAGAUGGAAAGGAUGGAGAUAAAGGAGAAAAAGGAGAUGCAGGUGACCCGGGCAGGCUUGGAAAUCCAGGUAAACCCGGAAUGAAAGGCCGCGAGGGCCUCAUUGGCAAGGCCGGACCUCGAGGACAUAAGGGUCAACGGGGGUCACCAGGGCUGGCAGGAAAAAGAGGCCAGAAAGGAAAUGGUGGGGACGCAGGACCGAGGGGAGAACCAGGAGGCUGCGAUUGUGGCAGCGGCGCCCGCUCGGCUUUCUCCGUGGCCGUGUCGAAGAGCUACCCUAAGGAGCGCAUGCCCAUUCCCUUCAGCCGCAUCUUGCUCAACGAGGGCAAUCACUACAACGCCAGCAGCGGAAAGUUUGUCUGUGCCAUCCCUGGAAUCUAUUACUUCACCUAUGACAUUACCGUGGCCAACAGGCACUUAGCCAUCGGGCUGGUCCACAACGGACAGUACAAGAUUAAGACAUUUGACGCGAAUACAGGCAACCACGACGUGGCAUCAGGGUCUACUGUUCUCCACCUGCAGCAUCUGGACCAGGUCUGGCUGCAGAUCUUUUACUCAGACCAGAACGGACUUUUCUUUGACCCCUUCUGGACUGACAGCACCUUUACAGGCUUUCUCAUCUAUGCUGAUCAGGCUGCUGCAACACCUAGUGUACAAGGUGCCUCCUAACACUCUCAUUCACCCAGUUUUGACACCAGAUGGCGCUAAAAACUAACGAAUAAUGAUAAUACAGAUUUAAAGGCCUACUGAAAGCCACUACUACCGACCACGCAGUCUGAUAGUUUAUAUAUCAAUGAUGAAAUCUUAACAUUGCAACACAUGCCAAUACGGCCGGGUUAACUUAUAAAGUGCAAUUUUAAAUUUCCCGCUAAACUUCCGGUUGAAAACUAUGUAUGAUGACGUUUGCGCGUGACGUCAAUCGUUGAAACGGAAGUAAUCCAAUACAAAAAGCUCUGUUUUCAUCUCAAAAUUCCACAGUAUUCUGGACAUCUGUGUUGGUGAAUCUUUUGCAAUUUUUUUAAUGAACAAUGAAGACUGCAAAGAAGAAAGUUGUAGGUGGGAUCGGUGUAUUAGCGGCGGACUACAGCAACACAACCAGGAGGACUUGUGAGCCGCCGACCUCACCUUGACUUCCUCCGUCUGCGGGUCGCCGACCGCAUCUGUGAUCGGGUGAAGUCUUUCGUCGCUCCGUCGAUCUCUGGAACGCAGGUGAGCACGGGUGUUGAUGAGCAGAUGAGUGCUGGCUUGCGUAGGUGGAUAGCUAAUGUUUUUAGCAUAGCUCUGUGAGGUCCCGUUGCUAAGUUAGCUUCAAUGGCCUCGUUAGCAACAGCAUUGUUAAGCUUCGCCAGGCUGGAAAGCAUUAACCGUGUAGUUACCUGUCCAUGGUUUAAUAGUAUUGUUGAUCUUCUGUCUAUCCUUCCAGUCAGGGGUUUAUUUCUUUUGUUUCUAUCUGCAUUUAAGCCCGAUGCCAUCACGUUAGCUCCGUAGCUAAAGAGCUUCACCGAUGUAUUGUCGUGGAGAUAAAAGUCACUGUGAAUGUCCAUUUCGCGUUCUCGACCCUCAUUUUCAAGAGGAUAUAGUAUCCGAGGUGGUUUAAAAUACAAAUGCGUGAUCCACAAUAGAAAAAGGAGAGAGUGUGGAAUCCAAUGAACCCUUGUACCUAAGUUACGGUCAGAGCGAAAAAAGAUACGUCCUGCACUGCACGCUAGUCCUUCACUUUCACGUUCCUCAUCCACGAAUCUUUCAUCCUCGCUCAAAUGAAUGGGGUAAUCGUCGCUUUCUCGGUCCGAAUCGCUCUCGCUGCAUUGAAAACAAUAGGAAAAUGUGAGCAGCCCUUCCUCCUGUGACGUCACGCUACUUCCGGUAGCGGCAAGGCUUUUUUUAAUCAGAGACCAAAAGUUGCGAACUUUAUCGUCGUUGUUCUAUGCUAAAUCCUUUCAGCAAAAAUAUGGAAAUAUCGCGAAAUGAUCAAGUAUGACACAUAGAAUGGAUCUGCUAUCCCCGUUUAAAUAAAAACAUUUCAUUUCAGUAGGCCUUUAAGGAGGUUACAUGCUCCCAUUUUAACUAAAUCUUGGAAGUUUAUAUCAUAUAUUACCUGUGAAAAGUAGUCGACACCCUUGGUUAAAUUCAGCCUUUAAUUGUGUUUAUAAAUUAAAUAAUGGUAAUUUGGCUUUUUUUUUUUAGAGAUUCUCUAUUCCGCCCUUAAAACCCAAUAAAAACACCCAAAAAGCGCCAACAUUAGACCCCAUUUACAUUUUGUGACUUGAAUAUUAAUCAAGUAUUAGUGAUAUUGUUAUUAUAAGUGCUAACGCAGACAAAUUAUUGUGUGUGUGUGCUUAUGUUUACAUCAUCGAGUGGUCUGCUGUUUCAUCGCUUCCCUGCUCCAGGAAGUUUAUUGUAGAUCAUAAAUCAUGCCUCUCACCUGGAUAGUAGCAAGACUUGACAAGAAUGAUUUUUACAAAUUUCUGACGGGUAAUUAAAACAUGUAUAAAGUAAAAGUAAACGACUGCAUAAGUAGUCACCUCCUUCAGGUCACAUUUUGAAGAAGGUUUCUAAAUGAAGCUUUAAAAUGCAAACAAACAGGCUGUUCAUCAGCUAGUCAAAGUUUAAGAUCACAGCUAAAACAAGAACUAAAUAAGAAA